GAAAACUUGAAAUAUUACUUUUACUUUUUGAGGUUUCAUUUGAUAAUUUAAUUAAUUGUUUUGAUAACAGAAACCAUGAAUGUGUGUGCAUCUAAUUCUAAAAAAUCAUUAUAGUUGAGUUGAUUCAAUUAGUUGCAAGAAAUAUGUGAAAAAAAUGAACCUCUCUCGAUGGAAGCUACGAAUGUGAAAUCGAAGACCUCUCACAAACCCUCAAAGCAAAAACCUAAAUCAUCCAGUAACCUUUGUUCUCAAGAAAUCGUCGAUAAAGAAAAGGCAUUGAAAGAAGAGUUGUCCAAUUUGAAUUCCCAGAUUGAACAACUGAGCAAAGAGGGAGUAACCUUGGAUGUUUCCGAACAGAUGGAAGCUCUACAUCUCUACAACGACAUCAAGGACACCACAUUGAUUGUGUUGAACUAUCUGUCCAAUACCACCAACGAAACCAUCGUCGAACUACACAAGAAGUACGAUCUUCCUCUGGAAUAAUCAUUUGGAUUAUACCUCACUUCAAGAUGGCGGACCCAACUGAGGAAACAAAGACUGACGGUCCAAACGAAGUUGAAGAUGGCGUCUGCAGGGACUACAUGAGAGGCAGAUGCGAACGCAAAUUCUGCAAGUUCAAACACGAGACUCUUCCGAAAAAUAUGAAAUUGAAUUUUUGCCACGACUUCCAGAACAGCGUUUGUCCUAGGGCGAAGUGCAAGUUCAUCCAUUGUUCACCAGACGAGGAGGAGGUCUUCAAGAAAACCGGAGUUAUGUCCAACAGAGUACUUGUGGAGGCAGCUAGAAAGAAUCAGAUACCCGGUAUUCUACCCGUUUGCAACGAAUUCAGAAAAGGACAUUGCAGGAGAAACAACUGCAAAUAUAGACACGUGACCAGAGAAGAGGAAGAGGCAGAAAUUUUGGAGUUCAUCCAGGUGAAUAACGGGAAGAAUAAGCCUACUCGAAUUGAAGCGCCAGUCUUUUAUGCACCUGGUUUGCGAAAACCAGACAUCGAUUUUGAGUCGAAUGAUGUCGAUGAUUAUUGUUCCCUCUUUGCCACAACUCGGCCAGUAGAUGAAGACGGUGAAGUAGGAGAAUAUUUCGACAAAUCUGCAUGUCCUGCUUUCAAAUACUAUCCCACAAGGGAAAUGUUGGUAGCAAAAGUAAACGAUCUACGGAACGAACUCAACACAUUGAAACGUCAGCUCACAGAAGCCAACGCUGCCAAUCUGUUUCUGUCAGACGAGAAUGAGGCCCUUCGAUUGGCUACAAAACGUAGGAUGAUAGCAUCCAGCACUUCAAUGUCUGACCCAAACUCUGCGCCAACUCAGCAGGUUAUAAGAACAGUGACAGCGGGCGUUUCCAGUAUUCCCGUUUCCAUAGCUACAGUACCCGUUUCCAUAACUACGGUUCCAGUGUCGUUAACAACGGUUACAACUUGCAACAGGGUCACGAUAUCAGCUGUACCCUCUGUCAGCAUUGCACCCACAGCGCAGCUUCUGGCGCAGAGCCCACAGAUCCUUGUUACUCCUUCUACCCAAUUGGCAAUUGCCAACAACCCACAGGCUCAGCUGACAAUUGCAGCAAGUACCGCUCAACAGUUGACUGUAGCCAAUGUACCUCAUCAGUUGACCUUGACGAAUCCGAAUCAGCAGCAGAUGACCUUGGGCGGUCCAAAUCAGCAGCAGCUAACGCUGACCAAUCAGAAUCACCAGCAGAUAGCGUUGGUGAACCAGAAUCAACAGCAGUUGAAUUUGGCCAAUCAGAACCAGACGCAGCAGCUGUCGUUGGCCAAUCAGAAUCAGCAGCAGGUAUCGUUGAGUGGUCAAGGUCAGCAGACGGGUCAGAAUCAACAGCAAUUAACCUUGAGUGGUCAGCAGCUGUUGGCUCCGCAGCAAUUAGAGUUGCAUAGAACCAUUGAAACCUCUCAAGCUAUAGACUUGUCUAGUGUGGGGCAAACUAUAGUUUCCUAUCCUAUUGUAACUCAUAGAGCUCAUCCUAUGUAGUAAUGUUUCGCG